UGGGGUCCGCUGUGCGGAGGGGCUUUUGGGGGCGGUAGAGUUGCUGCUCGUGUCUCUCGGUGGGUUCCAGAAUCCUCCGCACUUGCGCGCCCUGCAGGGGAGACGAUGCCAAGACCCCGGAAGAGGCUGGCUGAGACUGCUGGCCCAGAUAAUAAGAGGCUAUCUGAAAAAUGUACCAAAACUGAAAACUCAGCUGACGUGGGGAACUGCAGCCCUCAGAAAGCUCCAACCUCUAAAAACCGUGAGAAGACUCCACACAGCCACUGGCUGAUGAAGUCAGAGCCAGAAAGCCGGCUAGAGAAAGGUGUAGAUGUGAAGUUUGGUAUUGAGGAUCUCAAAGCCCAACCCAAGCAGACAGCAUGCUGGGAUGGUGUUCGCAACUACCAGGCGCGGAACUUCCUUAGAUCCAUGAAGCUGGAAGAAGAAGCCUUCUUCUACCAUAGCAACUGCAAACAGCCAGGCAUCGCAGGCCUUAUGAAGAUUGUGAAGGAGGCUUACCCAGACCAUACCCAGUUUGAGAAAAACAGUCCCCACUAUGACCCAUCCAGCAAAGAAGACAACCCCAAGUGGUCCAUGGUGGAUGUACAGUUUGUCCGGAUGAUGAAGCGUUUCAUCCCCCUGGCUGAGCUCAAAACCUAUCACCAGGCUCACAAAGCCACGGGUGGCCCCUUAAAAAACAUGGCUCUCUUCACCCGCCAGAGACUGUCAGUUCAGCCCCUGACACAAGAGUUUGAUUUUAUUUUGAGCCUGGAGGAAAAGGAACCAAGUUAACUGAGACAGUGCUGUGGGCAUGAGCAAGACAUUACUCCAAAGAAGUGAAGCUUUCCUAAGAAAAAGGAAGGUGUAAGAAGGGUUGCUUGUUACAUUCACCUGGCGUUUUGCACAUAGGUGGGUUUUGUGUACUUUUUUCAAUAAAACGUUGAUCUCAAA